AUGGCUGCAUCUACAUAUCUUGGAGUCCUCACCCAAGUACUCGUUAUCUAUCCUACUUCAAUUAUCACUGCUUCUGCGCUUUGCUGCCUCUUUUAUCUUGCGUUUCUGCUUUACACGAUCCGAUUCAAACACCCACCCAGCCCCGGAGCCCUACAUGUCCCAACCACGCAAUCCGCCAUUCAAAGCCACGAAGAACUAGAAGAGUCGACGUCGCAAAGCGAGGACCAGAGUCACGAUGUCACCCUCGCUCUGGAAGAAUCUCGAUGGCAACCAGCGAAUAACGGUCCACUUGCUGCUGAAUAUCCCAUACAAGUUCUGUAUGACUGCGAGGACGCAGAUAUAGACAUUGUGGCCGUACAUGGGCUCGGCGCAAAUCCAGAUUAUGCUUGGGUCUGGCAACCGAAGAAUAAUCCUCUGGGAGGUUCUGGGUACCCUCAGGAGUAUUACAAUUGGCUAAAAGAUCUACUACCGAUAGGGCUCUCUUCUACUGGGAUCUCAUGCCGGGUUAUGACAUUCAAUUACGACUCAAGUUGGUUCAUGAACGCCCCUCAGCAACGACUUUCCAACAUUUCGGACAGUUUGUUGGACAGUCUGAGAACAAAGCGUGAAAAGACUAGGGGGAGACCGUUGAUCUUUGUUGGUCACAGUUUUGGGGGCAAUCUCAUUGAACAGACUAUUCUAUCCGCCUUUCGCAGACCAUCAUAUCAGGAUAUCGCAGAAUCUUGCGCUGGUGUUGUCUUCCUGGGUACGCCUCACCGAGGCAGCGCCGCUGCUACUUGGGGUGCAAUGAUUGCUUGCUUGGCACCGGCUGGUCUCGACUCCGAAAUAAGAAUUUUGAAAGACCUUGAAGAGCAUUCUGGAGCUCUUACAGAUCGGCUACAUGAGUUUUCGUGCUGGCUCUUCUCUGAGUCUGUUCCUGUUGUUUGCUGCUUCGAACAGCUCAAGACAGACUAUUCAUCGAGGAUAGGAUAUAUUGGGAAACUUUUAUCUCCUAAUAUGAUACUUGUGCCCGAGACCAGUGCUUGCAUCGACGGACACCACAAGAUAUCUCUCAAAACAGAUCAUCUGAAGAUCAACAAAUUUUACGGACCCGAUGACCCAUCUUACAAGAGUGUCUAUCCUGAGAUUGAAAGAAUGGCUCAAAAUGCAGGGGAGAUGACUCGCCGUCGUCGGAACCCAAGAGCCCUUUCUGUGAACCAAAGUGCUAUAGAUGGCGCCCUUCGAACGUGUUUGCAAGAAAUGAGAGUGACGAAUCCCCAUGACAUUCUCUCGGACAUUCAGGUCCACAAAGGCAAGCGGAUUGGGCAUACCUGUGAGUGGAUAUUAAAAAGGGAAGAGUUCUCUGCCUGGUGUGUCGGCGACCAUUCGCAUUUCUUGCGUCUGACUGGCCCUCCUGGAAUCGGGAAGACGAUGAUGUGCACAUUUCUCAUCGACUUUCUCAAAGGUAAAGUUGAGAGAUCGGAUAACCAACUCCUGGCGUACUUCUUUUGCGAUGACAAAAUUGAGGACCGAAAGAUGCCGACCGCAAUUCUUCGAAGCCUUAUUUGGCAGCUACUAUUGCAAAGAACAGAACUAUUCGAGCACCUGAAACCCGACUAUGAGGAACGUAAAAAAGGCCGGAUUUUCAUUGAUUUGUUCGAUAACUUUGCUCCCCUUUGGCGGAUUUUCCAAGCUAUGCUUCAAGAUGACCGUGCUGGCGACAUUUUCAUUGCCAUUGAUGCCUUGGAUGAGUGCGACAAGCCCGCACGGAGACAGUUUCUCCUUGCUCUACGGGAACUAUUCCAAACACCAAGACAACUCCGAAGCAGAGUCAAGUUCCUCAUCACCUGCCGUCAAAAGAUCAGUGAUAUUGAGUAUGAGCUUCAUGGAGUCGGAGAGCUUUUGGAACUGAACUCACGAGUCGUGAAUACCGACCUUAUCGAGUAUAUUGACCACGAAGUUGAAGAGCUGGCGAAGAGAAGGAAUUACAUCUCAACAUUGAAAUAUGACGUUGCAGAGGCUCUGAAGCGUCGUGCUGAGGGGACGUUCUUGUGGGUAUCUCUGAUGCUCAGCGAGCUAAAAAAUACGCCAAACUACGAAGUCCCGGACAAACUCAACUCGCUACCGGAAGGACUUGAGGAGGCCUAUAUCACCAUUCUGAACGAAAGCAUUCCACACGAAAGGCGCGAUGAAGCUCGGUUCUUGUUGCUCAGCAUGGCCUCCGCCCGACGUCCUUUGAAAAGGAAAGAAAUAGCGACCUCAUUUGCUCUUUGGAAAACUGACCGUGUGGUCUCAAGUCAGAAUAUCAGCGUAUUCAUGGAUAUUUGUUCCUUAUGCAGCUCUAUCAUCUAUCAAGAUGAUGCCGGCAACCCCGAGGAAGCCACGGUCACGUUCUGCCAUCAAUCACUAAAGGACUUUCUUCUUGACGAAAGGAAAGGCUCUUCCGAUGCAUGGUACUACAGUUCCCCGGAUGAAGCAGAUCUUGUUAUGUUCCAAGUAUGCUGGCGAUAUCUGAGUAGUGAUGAGUUUGACAACGGAAAUUUGAUCGAUCCGAACCAAGCUCGUGACUCUUCAGAACUGAAUAGUUACUUUCAGAAGCACUGCUUUCUCAAAUAUGCGUCCAGCUUAUGGAUUACUCAUGCUAUUGCCAGUUAUCCAGCACUACUGGGUGGAUUGGAGAUCGAUAUUUCAAAGGCGCCAUCACUACGUGACGCAUGGUUGAUACAAGCAGCUGGAGCAGGCCAGCUAGAAGUCUUUAAACUUCUAUGCAACAACCAUGCCAAUCUGAACUCAGUGGAUAUACAUGACCAGACAUCUCUGUUGUGGGCAGCAAAAUUUGGCCACAAGGAAGUUGUUCAGAUCUUACUCGCCGAGAACGUGAACCUUGACACAAAGAACGAGUGGGGUCGCACACCAUUUUCAUGGGCAGCUCACAACGGACACAAUGAGGUCGUUGAGAUGCUGCUCGCAACUGAAAACAUUGAGCUGAAUUCCAGGGAUAAUCUUGGUCGCACACCGCUUUGCCGUGCCGCUAAAAACGGACAGGAAUCGAUCGUGGCUCGCCUUCUUCAGAUUGAGCAUAUUGAGGCUGACUCAGUGGAUAAUCUGGGCAGAACACCUCUCUCCCUUGCCGCUGAGGGUGGCGGUGAAGGUAUGGUGAGGUAUUUCCUUGCACUGGAUCAGGUGGAGGUAGACCUGAGGGAUAAAAUCGGCCGAACACCGCUGUCUUGGGCGGCCGAGAAUGGUCAUUUAACUGUUGUCCAGUUGUUACUUUCAACACAGAGAGUGGAUCCUAGUGUCAAGGAUAACUCUGGCCACUUGCCAUUAUGGUGGGCUGCCGAGAACGGGCAUGAGUCGGUGUCCCAGCUGCUGCGAAGUUAG